AGCAAGCCGGAGAAGGAGCGGUAGAGGGGGUGGGGAUGGAAGGACCUGGAUGGGGCCGAGGUAUUCUCUCCCUGUGGAUGCUGCCUCCUCUCUUCAUGACUUUUGUCAUUCGUUCUCCAGUCUCCCCUCAUCCUCGGGAGCCGGCACAAAGACCCGCAGCAGCAGCACUCAGCCGGGGAUGAAUCAGCCCUGGCGAAGAGCCUUUGAGAUGGUAGUGUGCGCUUGUGCCUGGAGGGAGGAACGCAUCAGGCUUUCCCAGGCAAGCGGCAGCCUGCAGUGCUCGCUGGCUUGAGAGCCAGUCCUCUCAUGUCCUCGUGUGGGUGCGUGCGUGUGUGUGCAUGAGUGCUGUCACAAGCAGUGUGUGCUCGUGUGUAUGUGCUCACUUCUGCUUUCAACCCUUCGUGGAGGAGCGUGGCUCCCCCCGUCACUGGACAGCAAGGUGAAAAAUGAAAACGUGUCUCUACAGGGAUAUUUUGACACAGGCAGCCUGCCUUCCCUGUGGACGUGAGGAUGUUUCGCAAGAAGAAAAAGAAGAGGCCAGACAUAUCAGCGCCUAAAAACUUUGAGCACCGUGUCCACACGUCAUUCGACUCCAAGCGAGGCUGCUUUAUUGGCCUGCCAACACAAUGGCAAAGCCUGAUAGAGAACUUGCGCAGGCCCAGGCCCGUGGUGGACCCUUCCAGGAUCACGGAAGUGGAGCUGAGGCCCAAGAAGACCAUUGUGCGUGGGAGCAUGAUCGGUCAUGGAGACUACAUCACAGCCAUGAUCAACGAUAUGAGCCGGCUGUCUGUGACCAGCUCCAAUUCUUUGCGAAAGAGCAGCCCCUCAGCCAGGAAGAGGGCCCAGUCUUUGGGAAGGCUCGGUGAGGUGAACGAGGGCGACACUUACCAAUACGAAGGCCUGAUUCAAGAUGAUGAAGAUGAAGAGGAUGCGGCUCAGGAUCAUUGGCGAGACAAAGCCAGGAACAUCCACAGUGAGUCCAACACUCCCUACUUGGGCAUGAAAAAGAGCAUCACUUUGCAGCCCAAUGGGAUACUACCAAAGGCUACUUCAAGCUUUGAGGUUGGCGAUAGCCCACUGGAGGGACUAUUACAAACAGGCCAGAACCAGAACAUUGCGGUGCCGAGUCACGGCUCUUAUAUGGGUGGUGAUGUGGCCAGCCCUCAGGAAAGAGUCAUAUGGAAGAGAGACUUUCAGCUGGCCAGAGGAAUGCCACCAAAUCAAAUACCUGUUGCAUGGUUCUAUAGCCCAGCUAUGAGUCUGCAGCAGCACCAAGAUCAGAGUGUCACCCCGACGGAGCUUCGGCCAAGUGUACCGAUGUACAUGCACCCUCAGAACAGCCCAGGGAGGCCAUUCUCCUCCUACGAUUUAAAAACGGAUUCAGCAGUGAGGUAUCACUCUGGCUUCCUGCCUACCGGCACCAAUAGUCCUCUAGUCAGCGGCAUCAGACCUCAACGGACCGUCCGAUCCUCAGCGAGUUACACUUUAGGACUGUCUCCCAACAUGGGACUAAGACCCAAUGGACCAGACCCUUUCCUUAGGCACUCUGGCUGCCCCAAUCCUCCUUACCCUCGACAGGACAGCCCAUCCCAACCUCGACCCUCCCCCACAGGCUCUCUUGCAACUAGUCCUCCCGGUACAUGUUCACCCGCCUUCAGACCCCCUCUUCCUUCACCCCGACCACCGCCUGACCCACCAAAGGUAACCCAUGAACAGUUUAAGGCCGCCCUCCAGAUGGUGGUGGAUAAAGGUGAUCCACGUUCUUACCUGGAAAACUUUGUGAAGAUUGGGGAGGGUUCAACGGGAGUGGUGUGCAUCGCCACAGAGAAGCACAGUGGUCGGCAAGUGGCGGUGAAGAUGAUGGACCCGCGGAGGCAGCAGAGGAGAGAGUUGCUCUUUAACGAGGUGGUGAUUAUGAGGGACUAUCAACAUAGGAACGUCGUGGAGAUGUAUAAAUCUGCCCUUGUGGAGGAGGAACUGUGGGUGAUCAUGGAGUACCUGCAAGGUGGAGCUCUAACCAACAUUGUGUCUGAAACCAGGCUGAGUGAAGAACAGAUUGCCACAGUGUGUGAAGCAGUCUUGCAAGCCCUGGCCUACCUCCACUCGCAAGGAGUCAUUCAUAGAGACAUCAAGAGUGACUCAAUACUACUCACGUUAGACGGAAGAGUCAAACUGUCCGACUUUGGCUUUUGUGCUCAGAUCAGUAAGGACAUCCCCAAGAGAAAGUCCCUGGUUGGGACUCCUUAUUGGAUGGCUCCAGAAGUCAUUUCCAAAUCGCCAUAUGGCACUGAGGUGGAUGUCUGGUCCAUGGGUGUCAUGGUAGUGGAGAUGGUGGAUGGAGAGCCACCAUACUUCAGUGAAACCCCAGUGGCAGCUAUGAAGAGACUGAGAGAUGAGUCAGCUCCUACCGUGAGAAAUGUCAACCAGGUGUCUCCAGUUCUUAAGGACUUUCUGGACCGUAUGCUAACACGGGACCCCUUGGAGCGGGCCAGUGCCACUGACCUGCUGGAGCACCCUUUCUUGCUGCAGAGCGGUUCACCUCAGUGCCUGGUCCCUCUAGUGGAGCAGUACCGCAAGCGCAUGUCCCGCUGCUGACCCUGUAGUGCGGCCGAGUUCCCAACACCUACAUAAAGUCCAAUCGUGUCUCUUCUGCGGACCGAGCGGUUCAGUUCCUCUCACGCCUAUCCGAUACGGGCUCCAACGAAGUGGCUCGUUGCCACGAGAGCGACAAUGGCGAGGACGGCGAAUUGGGUUGCAAGACACCACGUGGUUGUUUGACCGCGUAAAGAAGCACUUUAGGAGCGAGUUCAAGGCAGCAUGCAGUCACUAAUUCCUAACUCAGUCACAACACUGAUUGGUUUCCUGCGACAUUCUGUGUGCUUAAACACAGGCAAGAUGGUGCAUAUCAAAUCAACGUUCCACAUACUGUAACUAUCUAAAUGUCACAUGCUACUAAGGACAAGCUCUUUAUAUUUUUAUAGUGGCAUUAUUUGUGACAGAGUAAAGCCGUUAAGAGCUGUUUUCCAAUUGGAUGGAUGUUACCUCCGUACAGUCACGGUGAUGUUUUCCGAGUUUCAGCAAACAAUGACAAGAGACUCUUUGCAUGUCCAAAUAGAGGCACACCUGUGCUGAAGUGAAUGCUUGUACCAAACGUGAAAGAGCAUCCUGUGUUAUUAGCAUCACAAGUGGUUAGAUGAAAGCCAUGCUGCUAUUGUGGGCUCACUGGAAAAUCUCAAUUUAUUUCCAACAGGUGUUUUGUGGGUUGUUUGUAUGAUGUGAAUUUACAAAUAGGUUUCCAUCGCUAACUAUGGACCUAAACAUAAGCAGAUAAAUGCAUAAUGUACAUAAAAUACUGACUAUUAGGUCCUUACUACUGCUCAUCUACCACAGCAAAAUAUGUUAAAGUAAUUCUACUUUCUUUACAGAAAUGUGUGUGUAUAGCUGUGUGUGCAUGUGUGUCUGUGAGUACAUGGAUGUACGGGUGAGGGCAUCUCAGUGAAAAAAUAAACCCCUUUGUAUUGUAACAGACUUUUUAGGGGGGGAUUAAAUGCAACUUGUUUGUUUUUCCUCAAGAUGUUUGAUUUUUCUAGUAGAAGCACACACGCUUGGCAUGUGAUGCUGCAAGACGUCCACCUGCUGAGAAACACUUUGCACAUAAACCAGUCUUUGACUCAUGUAUUUCUAUGUGUGCGAAUCAUGGAUGAAAAAGAGAAUUACACUUGAUUUUAAUUUUGUACAAACCAAAUAAAUGGUGCAUAUGGACCAUCAGUGAUUCAUCGCUCAUUCACACACGCAGUA